AUGUUAAGGCAGUGUGAAAUUGCAAGCGUAGACAUUCAAGCUGUGAGCUUGGACACUCGCAGUGCAAUUCCAGCACCGGCGGGCCCCGGCCUGCAGGAGCGGCUGCAGAUGCUGAGGCUGCACCUGCCCGACCCGCCGGCAGACAGCGAGGAGGAGGAGGCGGCGGCGGAGGGCGCCGCGGCUCAGAGCAGUCGCAGCUCCAUCCCCAUGGACGCAGAGCACGUGGAGCUGGUGAAGAGGACGAUGGCCAGCGUGAAGCUUCCCACCCUGGGCAUCCCGGCCUGGGCCAGCCAGAUCUCGGAGGACCAGUGGAAGGACGUGGUGCAGCGCACGCUGCAGGCCCGGCAGAGCCUCAGCGGCCCCAGGCCCGAGUGGAAGUGAGAGCCAAGCUGCGGCACGGGGGUGCUAGCCUCGGCCCUCCCUCAACUGCACAAGGCGAUGUGGGUGCUGCUGCCUUGGAGCCAGGCGGUUGCCAGCAUCAACCUUCCAGUUUCUCCCACUGACGUCCAACUUCCCUUCCUGCUCCUCUUUCCUGGUUCUGGCUGGUCUGUAAGUUGCUGUGAUGUCCAUGUGUUGGCUUCCUCUGCCUCUGAGGAUCCCAACUGGUUUCCAUACCGGAGGGGGGUGGAUCUUGGCCAGCUUUGCCCAGAUUCCCUUGGGACAAACACUGAAUUUGUCCCCAUGCUGUUGGUGCUGGAGAUGUCCCUCUCCACGCUAAGGCCCCUCCUCCCAGCACAGGGGCUGUGUGUUGAAAUAUCAGAGGUGGAGCCCAGUGUGUCUUUCCAAGAGAUUGGUUUUAUUUAGUUCUGUACAUACAGGGACAUCUGUACAAAAUCCAACACUUUCAUACUAUGUAAUGCUCUACUGAAAAUAAAGUACACCAUAUGUACAUAUGAA